AUUUUCGAUAAGAUUUUUAUCAGGUCAAAAGUGAUUUGUGAGCUAUAUAUUGUUUUUUUUUUAUUAUCUAGUUAUGGUGUGAAAACUACGUGGUACACACUGCUAAAAAUGAUGUCUUUAAAAAACAUAAUUUUAGUAAAAACAGCUGUGUUAGUUGUCCUGCAGUUGAAAAUCCUGCUAUGCAGUGCCGAGGAAGUGAAAAAUAUGUCAAGGCAAGAGAGGCUGGAGUUAAGGGAUGAAGCUAGAGACAUGUUCUACCAUGCCUACAACGCAUACAUGGAAAAUGCUUAUCCAGCAGAUGAACUCAUGCCCUUGAGUUGUAAGGGACGUUACCGGGGACUUACUCCUAACAGGGGAGACAUUGAUGACGCUUUAGGAAAUUUUUCCCUCACCCUUAUUGACUCUCUGGAUACCUUGGUGGUCCUAGGGGAUAUGGAAGAGUUCGAAAACGCCGUCAAACUGGUAUUAAAAGACGUGAACUUCGACAAUGAUGUUGUCGUUUCAGUGUUUGAAACUAAUAUACGAGUUGUGGGUGGUUUGAUUUCUGCGCACAUCUUAGCGGAUUUACUACAGCAAAGGGAUGGUCUGAUGCCAUGGUAUAAGGGUGAACUUUUAAACAUGGCUAAAGAUGUUGGGUACAGGUUAUUACCAGCGUUUAAUACCACCACCGGUAUACCUUACUCUAGAGUCAACAUGAGAUAUGGCAUAAAAAGCGAUAAAAUCGAACAUUUCCGCGAAACAUGUACCGCCUGCGCUGGAUCAAUGAUUUUAGAAAUGGCCGCUCUGUCCAGGUUAACUGGAGAACCCAUUUUUGAAGAAAAGGCUCACAAAGCGAUGGACGAAUUAUGGAAAAUGCGACAUCGCAGUUCUGAUUUGAUGGGCACUGUCUUGAACGUACACUCCGGAGAUUGGGUGCGAAGGGAUUCCGGGGUUGGUGCCGGAAUCGAUUCGUAUUACGAGUACUGCCUUAAGGCGUACAUUUUAUUGGGCGACGAUAAGUACCUUCAUCGGUUUAACAGGCAUUACAGCGCCAUUAUGAAGUACAUUUCGCAAGGGCCUAUGUUAGUUGACGUCCAUAUGCAUAGGCCACACACUGCAUCGAGGAACUUUAUGGAUGCCUUGUUGGCAUUUUGGCCGGGGCUUCAGGUUCUCAAAGGGGACAUAAAACCCGCCGUGGAAACUCACGAGAUGCUUUAUCAAGUGAUGCAGAGGCAUACUUUUAUUCCGGAGGCGUUUACCACUGAUUUUCAAGUUCACUGGGGUAACCACCCGUUACGGCCAGAGUUUCUAGAAUCCACGUAUUUCCUGUACAGUGCCACAGGCGAUAAAUAUUACUUAGACGUCGGCAAAAAUGUCUUAAAAACGUUACAGAAAUAUGCCCGGGUACCUUGCGGGUACGCAGCCGUAAACGACGUUAGAACCGGCAACAAGGAGGACAGGAUGGACUCCUUUGUUUUGGCCGAGACUUUUAAGUAUUUGUAUCUUCUUUUUGCCGACAAAGAGGACAUCCCUUUGAAACUAGACGAGUUUAUUUUUACCACCGAGGGGCAUUUGUUCCCUUUGGCUUUGUCGGGGCACGGUCCCAACUCUUCCAGAACCUUAUCAGAUAUUGACAUCGAAGAGUCCGAAUUGUCAAACAUUUGCCCGAAUACUUUUACGCUUUUCCCCCAUGCCGUGCGGAAACCCCUGAAGCAUAUGGUGGAUGGAAUGUGCCCCAGAAGAACUGGCAAAAGAAGAUUGAGGGCCGAAGAGUUCGCUGCCAGUAACAUCAACCAUCUAAUGACCUUAAAGGAAAUGGGCAUUUCUUUAAUCGCAAUGAAAGACGGAAGGGUGCAGCUACUACACAAUCCUGCUACAGCAAGAUCAAAGGCUGACUCAGACGAAGGUCUGUUGUUUAUGACCGAACUGGCGGAAAUAUCGAAAGUUCAAGAGCAACAGCCGGAUGUCGCUCCGCAGGUCGUUUCUUUUCCUCUUAAAGAUGAUGUUAGCGGAAAUACUGAAAUGAUUUCUGUCCAAGUGGGACCGGCACAGUUCGGAAAAAUACUUAGAGGCAACAGCGUUAUUAAAGCGGGAGCGGUAAGGUUUUCACCGUUAAACGCUUGCAGCGAGUUAGAGGAUUCCCAGAGGGCGAUUUUAGCGAAAGGUUUGAUCGCUAUUAUUGAAAGGGGAGAUUGUAUGUUUAUAGAUAAGGUACGCCGUGCUCAAAAGUACGGCGCGGUCGCGGCUAUAGUAAUAGAUAACGUUAUCGACAGCAGCCUGGACAACUCCCCGAUGUUCUCGAUGUCGGGCGAUGGUAGUGACGACGUUAAAAUUCCCGCCGUUUUUAUGUUCUCGCAAGACGCACAGAAACUUUUAAAAGCCCUGGAUAACAAUCCGUUUAUCGAGGUGACCCUUAAAGAAAUGAAAAACGCGAUGGACAAUCAGGAGAGCGUGUUUCAACGAUUGAAGGUUUCCGUGCAGGACUUUAUCAACAGGCACACGGGCAUGUCCUUUGAUAAAGCGGUAGUCGAGGACAGCGGAUUUAAGGCCUAUUUGGAUUCCGAAGUGCUCAGGGUGGAACUGGAGCAACAUUCAGUAUCGGCUCAACCGAUAUUUCAAGAUAAAGAAAUUGACCCGCACUGGGGAGCGAUCCGACGCGAUCUCCUAAAAUCCUUGUUGCAAUCCAAAACGAAAGAACUCUACAUUCCCUUAAGCACCCUGACCGUUUACUAUAAAACGUUGAGCGGGGACGCGAUUUACGAGAACGACUACGCGGAACAAUCUCGCUGGCUGGUCCAGGAAUUGGCCAAAGAACUGUAUGGGGAAAAACAGAAGGGGUCGAGUCGGGACGACGCGCUGGUCAAACCGAACAUUUGGACGGACCUCGAGCAACUCACCGACGAUUUAGGUAAGAUGAAGGUGGAGGGCGAGGAUUCGGAGGACCUGAAGCAACGUCGAUCGAAGCAAAUCGAGAAAAUCAGCGACAUCAUUAAUAAUCUGAGGAAAAUGGAGAGGUUGGAACAGGACGGGCUUUUGAAAGUGCUCUCGAAAAUCCAAAAGGAGGGAGGGUUAAGCGAUGAUAUUAUUACGGCCAGCAGUGGGACAGUGAAGGAGGAAACGGGCGAGAGCACUUCGACGAUCGAAAUACGCAAUCCCGACGAAUUAUGAUAUUACUAUUAAUGUGAGUUAGGAGUUUUUUUUUGUUUGAUUGGGAGAAACGACCUUUUAUUGUGAUAAUUUCGGUUUAAAACAACGGACCUCAGAACAUUGAAUGCCUAGAAUAAGCCUAGCUGCAAACCAUAGGCCAGGUUCUUUGAUUUUAAUAUUGUUAUAAAAGGCAAAAACUCAAGAUCUACAGCAUCACAGAAACGUUUAAUAAAACGACAAAGGUUACAUGUUUCGCCCGACUAGAGCAUCAUUAGACCUAUAAUAAUUAAGAUGAUGUAACCCGAAAAAAGGAAAUUCAACAAGAACUUACCAUAACAUAUGCAAAACACCUAACAUAUAAAUAACGCUUACAAUCCAUCCACUGACAAUUUAUAUGUUAGUUGUAACCUUUGUCGUUUUAUUAAAUGUUUCUGUGAUGGUGUAGAUUUUGUGUUUUUGCCUUUUAUAAAAACGUAUGACCAGCAUCUUUGGGAAAAUGGAUGAAUUUUUCGAGGUUGUUUGAGUUCACUAUCUCUCUGACAAUGAUGUCAAAUCGACUUUCCAAUUUUUCAUCUAAUAUACAUAUAUUUUUCUUAAUCCACUGCGUAUUUUUUUAAUGUGUUCUAUUUUGUAACAGGUAAAAAAUGUACUCUUUAAAAGUUUCAUUCAUUUGCUGACUAUUCCAUUUCGUGUAAUUUUUAAGCGACGUUUCAAGUAUAUAAAGUCAUUUUAAAUUUUGUUCCAAGUUUUAGGAGUUAAAAGCUUGUCUUUUAACAAACCCGAGAUCUUAGAUUGUUUUUAGGGAUUUAUUAAAUUCAAGUCCACGUCUUUUAUCCUUGGAUUUUCAGAACCUUAACGAUAUGUGUAAAGUAUUUUUUAAAUUCUAUUCCAGGAAUUUCAAGUUAUCGUACAAUUUUCUUGAUAAUCUUUACAUGCUCAUGCUCUAUUUCUUUUGGUCAAAAAAGUCUAAUUCAAGGAUUUUAACUUCAAUUCAUCAUGUUUCCAGGCAGUUUUUCCCAAAACCUCCUUCACAUACAUAUUUCCCCAAAAAAAUGUAAUAUAUACUAUGAUCAAGAGUAAUCAACAAGUUUUUCAGAACAAAAAAGAGAUUCCUAACAAAAAAGUUGAUGAAAAAAAAGCAACUUGGCAACGUAGAAUACCUCUAUGGUUACAAUGCAAGUGUCCGAUGUUGCGACUUCAAAAAACCUAAAACGCAGCAUGUGUCGUUUGCCAGAAACCUAUUUAUAGUCCGCGCCCGCUGUUAUUUAAUCGAUAUAAUGCCCAUAUCUCCUGAAAUUCCCAAGGAAUUUUAAUAAUUUUUAUUAAUAAUUAGAGAUUUUUCAUAGAGGGUUAAACACUUUGGUUUUUUAAGCGACAUUUUGUUUAAUUUAUAAACGAUCAACACCAACACAAUUUAAGUCACGCUAAUAAAAAUCACUAAACUUUAUAAUCACUAAACUUCAAAACCACACUAACAGACAACGUAAACAAACGAUAACAACCUGCCUUACUUAACACACAAUAGAUUCACGGCGCCUAUCGAUUCGAAGAACGCCAAAAACAGCAUAUCGGGGAAGCACCGGCUGCUUUCGCCUACGUUACUGGCGAACUAUCGAUCCAAUUACAUUUAUUUCCAUUAACGGGGGAUCGUUUGUUCACGGUAUACGGUGGUCGAUGCAUAAAAUAGUGCUGUUUCCGUUAUGCGGGGUUUCCGCUAUCCGAUAUUCACACUAUCGAGUGUCUACUGUAGUACAAAAUAGUUUUUCGUUAAUAAACGAAUGUCACUCUUUCUUUUGCUUUAUAAUUAACAUUUCAGUUUUUGCUAAUUUUAAUAAUUAACUAUAUCACUUUAUUUUCUUCUGUUAACAUUGUGUAAUCACUGGCGCAACAUUGAGUACCAAGCAUGUUUAUCAACAAAAUGUCCUCCCUGUGUAGAUGUUGUGCUCAAUGCAAAGCAGCCAACGUUUAUUCUAGUGUAUUCAAUGUUCUAAGGAUUGUACAUUGCGUGUAACGGUUAAAACGACUAAAAGUCAAUAGGAAAAUGUGGUUAUUCCCUAAAUUAAGUGAAAACCAACUCGAGCCGUUUAUAUUUGGGUCUUUUUAAUCUUAUCCAGGGUAUCAUGGUUCCAUUUACUUGCAAGUAUUCUUUUUCUUUUUGUAGGUCCUAGGUAUGUUAAACUUAGAAAGAAAGAGCCGAUCUCUGUCAACUUUAGGCACGCCUUUUGAUCUCUCUUGUUUAAACAAUUUGGGGUAUAUAUAUUUAAUUGGAAUAUGGUUUUUUUUUUGGGAAUAUAUACGGAAAAUCGGGUAUACAGCAGCAGGUCUGUUUAGUAUUUCACUCUUUCGAUCUGGCAGGCUAUUUUUUACGGUUUAAAAACAAAGUGAAACAGUGCAAGGUAAAAUACAUAUUUUCUCAAUUUUGUAAUAUAAUUUUCAUAUAUAAAAUUAUUCAAAAGUUCAAACACAUUUACUUAACUUACCUUUUUCAUUUUCUCUUUUUCCUUGUUUUUCGCAAACGUUUAAACUCUCAUCUCUUCUUCUUCAGAUAUUAUUGAGCAAUUGAUAACACACUUAUGAAGAAUGCCAUUACCUGUGUCAUAAUUCCCUGCAUUUCUUUAUUACAUGUUUUACACAUGGCCCAUUUACCAUUUUCUUAAAAAAAAAACAGAUUUAAAGAGAAAUUGUACUAAACGGACAGGCUAUACUCACAAUAAACGAUUUGGAUUGUACAUUAUCGUUUAAAAGCUACUAUUUUUUGCGGUAAAACACUGAAAUCUACUCUAUACUACAAUUUACCCUAAUUGUAUGAAUUUUUUUACGCCUACUUACUUCCCUCCAUUUUAUGUUCAUAAAAAAAAAAACACCGUACAGUUGAUACGGCACUAUAUGCAUUAAAAAUUCAUAGUGCAGCAACUUAAUUGCUAAUUAUCAGUUGUACAUACAUACUUAUUGUGAAUUGUACAGAUUAUUGUAAUAAAUAUUUUUAUAUAUGUA